UGGAACAGGCUGUACCAGGACCAGAUGCUGGGGCUUCCAGCAGUGCAUCCUCUAGCCGCCAACUGGAGGAACGCGUUGACCACGUAGUGGAAAUGCUCGGCGACAUCAGCACCUUCGCUGAGCCGACCACCAUCAGCAGCCAGCUGCAUACAUUGAAGACCGAGGUCCAGCAGCUGCAGUCGACGAACACCGAUGGCACUCCGAAGAUGUACAAGAUGCCAACUUUCCAACUGGACAAGUUCGACGACUACACACAGCAGGAUCCGGUCCUCUGGUGGGAGGCAUUCACGACGCAGCUCAGGAUUCUGCCUGUCACCAAGCACACGUACAUCGGCGCCCUGUUCCUGAACUCAAAGGGUGGAUGCCAGACCUGGUUGAGCCACCUGGCAACCUCUCACGGCGUCAACGUACCGGACUUGAAGGACAAGAUCACAUGGGAGGAACUGACACGGCUUUGGAAGAAGCGCUUCAUCGUCGACUAAGCGCCGACACUCGCCAUCAACCGUCUGUUCACCAUGUC